AUGGCGAGCACCGCAAGAACUUCCUGGACCAAUGAGACCAUUGACCUACUCCGACAGAAUCCACAUAUCGACUGCAAACCGGUUUUGAAGGAGUUGAUUCCUGAGACCUUGAGCAAAGGCAUCCGGUUUGUCUCUCAGCAAACAAAGGCGACGGAAGGCGUGCGGUCAGUUCGCUUAGAUGCGUGGUUUUACAUCCGACGUAUCAGCGCCUCCGAUGUUUUGAGGGCCCUGCGCGAGACGGGAUUCAGCUCGGAGUCCGUGAGGAAGGAUGUGGAGCAUAGCAUGCAGCACCAGAAAGUCUACCACGUGGUGAUCCGAGGGAAUGAUCCAAAGUUCAUGCCUUUCGGAAAGCGCGACGGACAGGAUUUGGUGACGAACUACAUCUGCGAACAGAUGUCGUUCAUCACUGAAAAAGUCGACCAACUACUGUUCGAAGAUCUUUCGGAGCCUUCCAGCAUCCAAGAGGCCAUGGCUGAUCAUGCCUUCAACCAAAUGCUUGAGCAGUACUUCCUUCGCGGCAAGCAUGAUAAGGAAGAGACACUCCAUCUAGUAAGCCGCCUCAGAGGAGGAGGGAAUCUGCUGCAUACCUGCAUCAAAGAGGGCCACCUGGACACUUUGAGAUUGCUUCUGGACGAAUUUACCCCGGAAUCGCAGCCCGCAGCUCGGUGGAGAGCCUUGGCAGAACCCCUGCGCCCCGUGGGGCCGUACAAGUGCUCUGCGUUCCAUCGCGCGGUCUUCGACGGCCGCCCGGACUGUCUUGCAGAGCUGGUGUUCUGGGCGAAGCGGCAUGGGCAGGACAUCACAGAGCUCCGGAAUGUAGAGGAGAGGGACAUCGCUGGUAGUCAAAGAGGCUUGACUUGCUUGGAGCUGUCCGAGCAAGAAGGUAACCUGGCUUGCUACAACGUCUUGGCGCCGCUCUUCGGUGUCCCCAAGAAGGAGUCUGCCACAGAUGCGAAGCCACGGGAGGCACGUGUGGCGGAGAGGACCAUGGCCAGAGUGGAGCUCGCAAGUGCCAGGAGCGAGCAGAUGCUUCAGCUUCGACCGAUGACUCUUGAGAGCCCGAGCCUCACAUGGGAGGCGGUGCUUGAUUCCGUGCGGGACUUGAAGGCCAGCGAUGCCUACAGAGGCCGUGAUCCCAGCCAGAUGGUGCUGAGACUAGAGAACCUCGUUUUCGUCGAUGAUCCCAGUGAAGAGCAGGUGGACCAACUCCUUGCGGAGAGUAGUGGCAUGGCAGCUUUGGAGGCCAACUCAUGUAUUUGGAAGACGGAGAAGACAGCUCUCCGCUUCCUGGCAGUUGUCGUGGGACGCCUUGAGAUGGAGGCUUCUUCCAGACUGCCCCCACGUAUGCCGCAGAAGGUGCACGUGUCGUCCCCGACCGCAGAGGAUAUUCCUGUAGAGGAGGAGGGUCGAACCGAUCGGCAGGUCGUGGCGAUGCUGCUUCGAUUUGCAGCUGCUUGCGGCAAAUGGCCACAUUUCUUGGGGGCCCGCAAUGGCUUGAUAAGCCGCAUGCAGGCCUUGCGUCUGGCCUCGCAAGACACGCAAAGCCAUGCAGCCACAAUAGCCGCCAUCUAUGCUACACGUCUGAACUCCUUUCUGGGUCACCUCCCCAGUGAUUUCGAUGAUGAGGGUCUGGGAGAGUGGCUGCGCAAGCAGGAACUCAUGCCCUUGGCACGCGCUGUCUUCUCCCGCUUCUACAACCUCGACAAGCUGCUAGCGCAGGAGCCGGAGGAUGUCAACCAGGCCCUGGACUUUGCAGUGGCACCCUUCCUGAAGAUCUCCUUGUCGGCCUGGUUCGCUGCC